CAUGGCGUCAAGUUCUCCCAACUUGAAGUCGAUCUUCCCGCCAUGAUGGCUCAGAAGGACAAAGCCGUAUCCGGCCUCACUCGCGGAAUCGAAGGCCUCUUCAAGAAGAACAAAGUCGCCUACAUCAAAGGCCAUGGAAAGCUCGCCUCCCCCUCCGAAGUCUCCGUCGACACCCUCGACGGCAGCACCACCACCAUCAAAGGGAAGAACAUCAUUAUCGCCACCGGCUCCGACGUCAAAUCCCUCCCCGGAGUCAUCAUCGACGAGAAGAAGAUCGUCUCAUCCACCGGAGCCCUAUCCCUCCAAACCAUCCCGAAGAAGCUUGUUGUGAUUGGAGCCGGCUACAUCGGCCUCGAGAUGGGAUCCGUUUGGGGGCGUCUCGGAUCCGAAGUCACCGUCGUCGAAUUCGCGCCAGACAUUGUGCCGACCAUGGAUAGCGAGAUUCGAAAGCAGUUCCAACGAAUGCUCGAGAAGCAGAAGAUGAAGUUCCUUCUCAAAACAAAGGUUUUAGGGGUUGAUACAUCUGGAGAUGGUGUCAAGCUCGAACUCGAAGCAGCUGAUGGCGGCGAGAAACACACGAUCGAAGCCGAUGUAGUUCUCGUCUCUGCUGGCAGAAUCCCUUUUACCGAAGGGCUUGGCCUGGAAAGAAUCGGCAUACAGACCGACAAAUCUGGCAGGAUCAUCGUCGAUCACAAGUUCACGACGAGUGUUCCGGGAAUCUACGCGAUCGGCGACGCGAUUCCGGGACCUAUGCUCGCGCAUAAGGCCGAAGAAGACGGUGUCGCCUGUGUGGAAUUCAUCGCCGGAAAAGAAGGUCACGUAGAUUACGAUCUGGUGCCUGGAGUUGUCUACACUCAUCCUGAGGUGGCUUAUGUCGGGAAGACGGAGGAGCAGGUUAAGGCCGCCGGAGCAGAUUACCGUGUCGGCAAGUUCCCUUUCAUGGCGAACAGCAGGGCGAAGGCCAUCGACGAUGCGGAGGGUAUCGUCAAGAUCAUCGCCGAGAAGGAGACUGAUAAGAUCCUGGGAGUGCACAUAAUGGCGCCGAACGCCGGCGAG